CUGCUCUGCCCUCCGUCAUUCUCCUCUGCGCUUCUCUUGCGGAUGCAGCAAGAGAAAAUGAUAGAUGGCUAUUCCAUGGUUGGCAGGCUGAUGACCAUUAGGUCACUGGACAGUUUGUGUGUCAGUGAGAGGCUUUUUUGACUCAUUCUACGUGGGUGAAUCUGGAAUCUAAAGAUCUAAAUUGCCAUGAGGGACCCGUGUCGUAUAUGUGGUGUUCGUCUGGUGGGAAGCCAGUGUCGCUGGAUCUUCAGCUCAUCAGCACAGAGGAAGCUACAAAUCAUCUUGUCCCAUGUGCUGGGCUGGGAGGUGACUCGUGAUGGUCGUGGAGAGUUCCUCUGUGGUAAAUGUGUAUUCCAGUUGGAGAAGGUGGUACAAUGUGAUGUUAACAUCGGCCAGCUACAGGAUGAACACAACAGUCAAAUCCAGAAGCUGCAGGCGGAGAAAGACCUCCUGAUCCAGUGCAUCAUCCACAUCUACAACAAAAACAACCCAAGCCGGUACAAGACUUGCGUGGAGAGCACCAGCUGCAAGGCUCCAGUCAGGUCCACUGGGGUGGGCAGUCCUGAUGAUGAGGCUGUGUGUCAGCUGGCCUCUGAAGGACAGCUGUUCAGGGAGAGUGGAAGUGGUCAUGUGGAGAAUCGCAUGAGAAGGUGUGUGAGUCUGGAUCGCAUUGCUAGUAAAGGGGCAUUUCCAGGACGCUCAAGCCUCAGGAGCAGCAGGCUGGGAUCAGUGGCAGGGCUCAAUGGCUCUAUGAAGAGCAUUAGUCUCCGAGGCACACGGCACAGUUCGCAGAGCAUGUACCUUGACCUGGUCCAACGUAAGGGCACACUGCCUAGACCUGGAUUCAAAGAUCGCUCCACAUCCCUGCAGUCCCUCAAUAAAGAUUUUUCCUUUGACACCACUCCGGACCCUCUACCCAAACCAAAACUCAGAGAGCCCAAGGUGUUUGUUGCCAGACAUGGUGUCACAGAUGACCCAGGAGGAAAGGUUCAGGCCAAAGCGUUGCUCCGCAGUUCCUCAAGUCAGCCUUCUGUGAUCUCUGACCUGAUCCAGCUCCUGCGCUGCAUCCCCAAACAACAAGUCUCUGCCCCUGCAGGGAGCCACAUCCCUGUCCUGAAGAGGUUAAAUACUGGCUCUCUCAACCCCCGAGCCAAGCGCAGACACAGAGAGGCAGAAUGGAAGUCUCUUCAUGACCUUACAGAGGAAUUUGAUGAUGAAUACACUCCUGUCAGAGUGGUGGAGAGUGGGGAUAGGCAAGUGGAGUCCUGCAAUAAGCGCCUGACUGAAGAGCUCACCCAGGCAAAAAGCACCAAUGUCAACCUGACUAAAACACUGGAGGAUACCCAGAAACAAAACAAGACCUUGUUAGGGAAGCUGGAGGAGAAGGAGAAUGAACUCAACUCUGAGAAGAAAAAUGCUCUAAAGCGAGACAAAACUAUCCAGGGGCUUACCCAGGUCUUAAAAGAAAAAGAAAAAGAGAUUGCAGAGCUGUGUCAUGAGAUUGAGGACAGGGAUGACGCUUUGGCCAAGGCUAGAGAGGCAGCACAUAAAGCCCAACUGGAGAAAUACCAGGGAGCAGAGGAGCACCAAAAUCUAUUAAUGGCAACGCAAACGGAGCUCACCCAACUUCAGGGGGAACACCAUGCCAAGGUGCUUGAAGCCCAAAAGCUACAGCGCGGCCUGGACAGGAAGGAGCAAGAGCUGGCUGACAUGCAGCAGGCGAAGGACCAGCUAGAGGUGGAACUGGAGGACCUGCAACUGCAGAAGAAGAAGGGAGACAAGGCCGUAAAUGAUCUGAACAAUCAGCUCAAAAAGCUGGGUGGUGAGAUCGGGGACAGGGAGAGUGCUUUGGAGCAGCAGUACCAGGAACUGCUGGAUCAAACCACAAGAAAAGUGCAGGCCCAUGAGGUCACCAUCCAGAGGCUCACAUCCAAUCUGGCUGAUAAAGAGCAGCAGCUACAGGAGUACAUAAACAUGGUCAGAGACUUUGAGCAAAGCAAGAGUCCAGGAGGAAACGAUAAUGUGCUUUCCAAGCUGCGGCAAAGGCUGAAAGAAAAGGAGAAGGCUCUGGAGCAAGCGCUGGAUGAGAAGUUUGCUGCCAUUGAGGAGAAAGACAAUGAGAUACACCAGCUGCAGCUGUCUCUAAGGGAGAGGGAGCGAGACCUGGACAGGCUCAAUAACUUGCUCUCUUACAACGAGGAAACCAUCAAUAGUUCUGACAGUCUGAUCAAGGAGAAGGAUGUGGAGCUGCAGCAUUUUGCAAACACUCUAAAGAACCUGCAGAGAGCCAAGCAAGAUGUAGAAGAUAACUUGAACAGAUCACUGAGGGAGAAGGACUCCAUCAUCGGCCAGCUACAGCUCUCCCUGGAGGGCAAGACAAAGGAUAUGGAUGAAAUGGCCAAAUCGAUACUGAGCCAGUCGCAGACUCAUAAACGUGACCUUGCUGAACAGAUGGGCCAGAGGUUAAAGGUUACAGAGGCUAUGUUGGCUGAGGCGGUGAAGGCCAGGGAAAGGCUGGUUGCUGACAAUGAGAGUGCUGUGGAAGGACUGUUGGCUACAAUCAGCAGCAAGGACCAGCUAAUCAAGAAGUCUGCAGAGCACUACAACCGCAUGCUGUCUGAGCGCGCUCAAGAGAUUCAGGAACUGAGGAAGCAACUGUCUGACAGGCAGCAGCAGCUUGCCACUGCUGAGAAGCAAAGCUCCACAACGGCCCAGGAGGGUUAUUUAGAGACUGCAGAGCUCAGAGCCCUGCUUGCUGAGAAAGACGGCCUCAUCAACAAGCUUCUGCAGCGUGGUCAGGUGAGGGACCAGUUUCUGGCAGAGAUGAGGCAGAAGGAGGAGGCUGAUCAAGUGUUGGAGCUCAGACAAACUAUCCAAAUCAUGCAAGAGAAGUUGGAUGAGAAGGAAACUAACCUGUCCAGGAGGAACAGUGAGGAUAAUGUGGAGAACAUUCUGCUCUCAAAGAAGACGGUCGUCGUCCUGAAGAAGGAGCUCGCACAGAAAACCGAGGCACUGAAUAAAGCACUGAAGAGGGAGAAUGAGCUGAAGAUUACUUUGGCAGAGCUACAGUCAUUGCUAUCUGAGCUGGAGGGUCGCAAUGAAGGUCAGGCUGCUAAUAUUGAGUCCCUGACUGCAACCCUGAAGACCAAGGAUGAGAUUAUCAAUGUUCUCCACCAGCGCCUCGGUCAGAGAGGGGACAGUCGGGCUGAUCAUACCCAGGAUCAGAUCAUUGGCUCCGACAUGGAGAGACCACUCCCCGGUCUCCCUCAGAGAGAGAGAACCAUGAUUGGUGGAGAUAGCCAGCAAGAAGCUUUGCCCAAGCUUAUAGCGUUGCAACAGGAGCAUAAUGCUCUGAACAAAGCACUGAGAGCAGAACAACAGCUCUACUCCAGCCUGGUCAGGACUGUAAAGGAGCAAGACAGCGCCCAGCGUCUCCAUGCUCUGCAGCUGGAGCUGACAGCAGUGCAGCUCCUCAGGCAGCAGCUAGAGGAGAGCAUCAAAACUAAUGAGGAGCUAAGGGACGACUUGGAGAGAGAGAUGCACAGAGCCAAACACAGAGAAGGUACGGACCUGAUUGAUCCUAAAGAACUGGAGAGCAUGAGACAUCAGCUUGAAGAUGCACAGCGCUGGAAUGCCUCGCUGCAGGCUCGUUUAGGAGCCAUACAGAACCGUGGAGGAGGGGUGGGUGGUACCAAUGAUGGUGGUGACACUUUGAGUUUCAUUGGAGAUCAGACCUCCUACCUGAGUAUCUGUGUGGGAGAUGAGCAGGAUGACAGCUUGUCUCUACUCUCUGCACAGGAGCUUAGGCAGAAGGUGCUGGAGCUGCAGGACUGUGUCAGCAGCCUGCAGACUUUAAACAACGAGCUGCAGAACCGGCUGUCGUUAUUGGAGAAGUCAGACCAUCAUGCUUACAACAACGAAGAUCAAGACGUGGCCAGCAGUAGCCCCUUAAAACAGCAGCUUGAGAAGACGCAGGAGAUACAGCCUGUGGCUCACAGUAACAGGACGCAUCACUCUGGUCAAGAUAAAGAGAGUCAGACAGACAUCAAACUAGGACAGAUGGUUACUGGAAAGCUGUUGGGUGAUAUGAGUAUGGACAGUGGCCUUGGCCAGAGUAGAGAACAUGCUCGGUCUGGCAACGACACCUUGGACACUGUAGAGAAAGAUUCUAAGAACACUGAUAUAAUGGCACUUAAAACCCUGUUGAGUCAUUGUGGGACUUCAUCAGUCUCGCAGCUUAGGGAGGAGCUGCUCAGACUAAGAUCAGAAAAUGUAAAGCUGCAGGGUCUCUUGAAAGAACAAAAAUCUACCGAGUGUAAAGAGAAAGAGAGCACAGACGCCUCAGGGAACAGCAGUGAUGGACAGGCUGAAUUGAGAAGGAGUGUGGACACGCAGGCCGAGUCAAAAGGUCACUCUAAGGUCCUCAAUCCGUCGAAGGAAAAGGGAGAGAAGAACUCUAAUGAGGUGUCAGAUGGGGAUACUCCUGUCAUCACUGAGCUAACUGUCAGUACCAUAGAGGGGAUGGAGAGUCCACAUACUAAAGGCCAGUUACACUUCAAGAGUGCAAAGCAGCAUGUCGUAAGGCAUGGGUUGCAGGCUGGUGUCAAAUCUCGCCUCCCGGUCCCUGUGAGGCUGACAGUGGAGGCUAGCGGCAGCAGGCAGUUUGUGAGCUCUGACCAUCUCAAAACUGAUGCUCUUCAGCACCUUCAUUUAGAUGGUGUAUAUGUGUCUGACCAGCAACUGCAUGCAGACUCCGACCCCCUCAUGUCACCCCAGCACAGCACUUCCCCUUCUUCCACGCUCAGAUAUGCACAUCGUACCGGCAGUCCAGUAGGGUCAGAUAAGGGCUCUGAAGCCGGAACAACAUUGGAUCACACCGAGGGCGACUCUGCUCUUUUCACUCAGCUGGAGCUUCUCCACCAGGAGUGUGAAGAGAAAGAGACCCUCCUCAAGAAGCUAAGUGAGCAGCUAGCUGAUUAUGAUGAGCUCCACGCUCAGCUCCAGGAAAAGGACCAUCUCAAUCGCCAGUACGUGGAGGCCUUACAGGCUGCAGAAUCCACCAUCGCUUACCUGACCGCCUGCAGUCUAGACAGCCAAGGAGGAUUUGGGUCGCACACCAGUCCGUGUACAGGUUCUGGCUCUGUCGGUUCAGAUUCUGCCCUUUACAGCAGAUGCAUGGAGCUGCAAAAAGCCCUACAGGAGAAGGAGGAGCUCAACAACCAGCUUAUAGAGCUUCUGAACAUGGCAGAGAAAGCCAUCACCUCCACUGCCGGCCAAGAAAAGAUUCCAGAAAUCAGUGAUUUAUGUUUAAAGAUAGAGAUGGCCUUGCAGCAGGUGAACACAUCUUCAAAUAGCCAGAGCCCAAGAAGUGUUUUUGGAGGCACAGAGGACUCUAUGCAAGAGUUGCAGCGACACACAGACUCUUUGCAGGAAGCACUGUGGCAGCAGAAUAGGCUUAAUGCAGAGCUGCAGGAAAAACUGAGAGCUGCAGAUGCUGCUGUUCAACAUGGCUACAACAAUGACCAGAAUGGGAAAUGUUCAAGGCAGAUAGCAGCAGAAUCACUAAAGGAAAAGGAGUCAAAGGAACAUCAGUGGGGAAUGGGAAGUUCUGAUAUUGUCAGUUUAAAUCCAGAGAUGACAAAAGUUUUAAUGAACUGCCUUAGUGCAGCAGAGUCUGCCGUUGCCUCUCUGGCAGCACACUGUACAAAUACCAGCUCCUUGGUUUCUGGUAGAUCAUCACAGACCAGUCCUGACCUGCAGAUGAACUUAGACAAACUUCAGAGAGCCCUGCAAGAGAGGAAGGAACUAGCAGAACCCACCCAGUUAACCACAAAAUCUAGCAGCAAUCAGUCCGCUGCUUCACCUGGAACAAAGGGACAGCUUCACCAAGAACUCCAUAACAACCUCUGCCGCCUCUACAAGGUCUUCAAUGAUCACUAUCAGAGAAUCUCUGAACUGCAGGCUUUCCUACAAGAAGAGAGGGGCCGCAGAGAGGAGAGUGAGGUCCACAGGACUGUGCAGGAUGCCAAGGGAUUACCACCAAGUGUUCAGGUCCAACUGGAGACUCUCCAUAAGGCACUGAGGGAGAAGAAGAAAGCAUGUAAAAGCCUGGAAGAGAAACUGGCCACUGCUCUUACGUCCCCUGAAACUGCACAGAGAGCUCUGGAGCAGGAUGACAAAGGCGUGCAGGUGGAUUUGCAGGACCUGGGUUACGAAACCAGUGGCAAGAGUGAGAACGAUAGGGAAGAGAGCAGUAGCACAGAUCUAGAGGUUGGUGUGAACCCUAGUUGCAGCGCCUCUAGCCUGCCUUCCCAACACGAGCAGGCCACCUUUUCCUCCACUGAAAACCUGGACUCAACCUCCAGCACCCCAUACCCUAGUUCCCCAGCUCUCAGCUCUGCCAAGGUCAGUCUGAAAAGCCUGCAGGUCUAUGAUGAGUACGGUGUUUCUAAAGACCCUCUGCAGCUUCAGGGACAAGUCCGAGAGCUGAAGGUCCAGCUGGAAAACCAGACCAAACUCAUCCUCCAAAUGCAAAGUCUUCUGCGUAGGAACUCUCACUCCAGUGACCUAGUUGCCAACACCUCUGAUCCCUCAACAGUCAGGAAUCAAGACGGGACACUGCGAGAGGACCUAAGGCAAGAUAGGAGCUACAGAAGUGGGCAGCUAGGGGAGAAAAAGGAGGGUGAAAACCUGGCGGUGAAGGAUAAAACCAGCCAUUUGACUAUGGAACUGGAAAGAGAGAGGACACUGAACAGAAGCAUGAGUGAACAGCUGCAGCAGAGCCGCAGCCGCUCUACAUCACCUGCAAGACUGGACUCCCUGGUGCAGUCGCAAGCCAGGGAGCUGUCACAACUGAGGCAGCAGAUCAAGGAGAGCCGUAGGCUUGGAGCCCUGCAGCGUCGGCAGCUGGAUGAGCUGAGCAAGGCCUUUAAGGAGCUCCUGCAGGCUGGUAAAGUCGACUACUACAUGGGGGAGGCGGUCAAAGAGCAGCUGGACAAGAGCCUGGGCAUUCUGGACAGGCUGGAGGGACGGCUGGACAAAGGAGAGCCUUGUCUGGAUAAUGAGGACGUGGUGGCCCUGGAACUGUCUCGUAGAUUGGCGAAAGAGCUGCAGGAGAAGAACCGUCUGAUCCAGAGGCUGCAGAGCCCAUGCCUGCAGAGCCAGUUCAGAGGCCAAAGUCCCAGCAGCCACAACAGCUCUCGCUCUGAUCUGUAUCACUCGGACCGGAACUCCUCCUCCUGCCAUAGCAGCCCGACCACACAAAGUGUUAAUCAAGCCCACAGCCAGCGACACCCCUCUGAUUGGACAGGAGUAUCUGUCUCUCCUGUAGGAGGAGCUCAGGAAGACGGUGUGUCUGGUCACAGGGAUGCUGCCAGCAGACUGUCGGGCCUGCAGAGGGAGAACUGGCGACUACAGGAUCAGCUGAGGGGCAGCGAGGAGCUCAACGCCACCCUGCGCAGUGAACUGGACCUUCAUCGCUCAAUUAUGGCCCAGACCAGCUCCCACCAUCAGGAACAGGAUCAAAGCCAUGACCAGGAUGGUUCAGGGCCUCAGACUCAGACUCAGUCUCAUAAACGAGACGGAGACACUGGCUCACAAAAGAAUGCUGUUGAACAGCCUCGCACAAUGAAUUCAGACUUGCUGGCAGAACAUCUGCAGGAGAUCCGUGCUUUGAGACAGCGCCUGGAGGAGAGCAUCCGCACCAAUGACCGUCUCAGGGAACAGCUGGAGAAGAGACUAGCGGAGGUGGAGAAAGAUCCAGCAGCCACCAACAUCUUCAUCCAUGGCAACGAGGAGCAGGGUCAGCUGGCCAAUGAGGUGCGAUUCCUCUGGGGACAAAACCAAGCCCUGAAGGAACAGCUCAGCCUGGGGUCUAGAGACAAGCAGAAAGAGAACGAGAAACUACGGGAGACUCUGGCCAGGCGGACGGCCAAACUGGAGCAGAGCAAGAGGGAGUGUGAAGCUCUGAGGCAAGAAAACAGCCGACUGCAGGAGAGGCUGGAGCACAGCAGCCAAGAAAACUCCCAGCUGCAGGAGUCACUGCACUACAGCAAGGAGGAGCUGCACAGGUUGCAGUGUGAUGUGAAGCUCCAGAGGCAGCAGCUUUCUGACUCGCAGCAUCUUCUGCAGUCACUGCGGGUGGAGCUGCAAGUUUACGAAAAGAUCAAGACUGAAGCUCACAAACCCAACGCAGGAUCCAGUGAGGCCACCCAGGAGCCUCACUCUGGCUCAGUCCACCUCGACGAGCUGUUGUUGGAGAUCAGACACCUGAGGCUGCAGCUGGAGAGGAGCAUCCAGACCAACACCGCACUGCGACAGAGACUUGAGGAGCAGCUGCUCAGAGGACCCAACCGCUCUGAAACCAUCAACAUCAACUACCUGCUGUCCUCUCCAGAUGAAGGAGGCAGGUCACCAGGUCGUGGAGGCUGCGAUCCUGCCCGUCACUCAUUUCAGAGUCACAACGAACACACCAGUCUCCUCCAUGAUGAGAAACGUAAUGCUUGCUCAGAGGUGGACGGCCGGUCAUUCAGCAGCAGCUCGGGUGAAAGCGUCUCCGGCGCGCCCUCUCGCCUGGUGCCGGGCCACCGGAUGUGGGCCAAUCGCAACGGCCGCCAUAUUUUGGGUCUGAUUGAGGACUACAAUGCCCUCCGCAAGCAGAUCUCAGAGGGACGUAAGCUGUCGCAUAGCAUGGACACACAACUGCAGGAGAGUCUGCACACACUCAGACAGCAGGGCUCUAACAACAAGGUGAUAGAACAGGAGCACCUGAAAAGUUUGUCUGGCAGCAUGAACACCAUGCAACACGUGUUAGAGGAGGCUGGGCGACUGCUCAAACUGGUGUGGAGAGUCUCUUUGCCAGUCGGUAACACAGCAGGGGACGGCGGCAACAACCAGCAGGAUGAGCUGCUGAAAAAUGAGAUAGCCAGACUGAAGAGCAGGCUGUCACAGCAGGAGAGGAUGCUGAGUGGAGCCGUUAAACGCCUCCGAACAACCAACCAGCUCAAAGAGGGAAUGGAAAAAGUCAUCAUAGAUCAGUUGUAUCUAACCCAUGGAGUGUUGAAGAAAGCCAGGGGGAAUUUAGAGACAAAUUACUGCACCCUGUUUGGCCUGAAAGGCCUGUCUGGAGGACCAGACGAAGGAGGUCCCAGUCAAUGGCCAGUAGGGGACACUACCGCCCCUCAGACUGAGCAGAUAUGUGUCCCUGUUUCUACAAGAACUGCAGGGAGACACUCUGAAUCCUCAGAGGAUCACCAUAGCGACGCCUCUUUACACUGCAGCUACUAAAUCUGCUGUUUCAAUGCCCUACAAGGCUUUUAAUAAUGUAGCUACCUAAUGUUCAGGCCUUAUCCUGCUGUAAAACUGUCACCUUACUCUCCCAAUAUCAAAGCCUUUUUGUACUAUAAUUGCACAUGACCUGCCUAUGAUUUGAUUUAUUUUAGGUACUGAAGUUGUAAACGUUCUCUUUUAAAAGAAAAUGCCUUUGUAAAUAGUAAUUCCUGCACAUAUUUUCCUUUAUUCUUUUUAUAUGAUGCAUACACAAUAUGAAAAUGUAUUUUAUUACUGACAUUGUUUUAACGUUUUUGGUUUCAUGGGUCAGUUUAUGUAUAGGAUGGUUCAGGACUGUCGUGUGUUCAAAGAAUUAUGUGCAAAAUGCAGUAAAGAAAAGAAUUUAAUGAU